CGCAGAGACCCCAGUGCGCAAAGGAAACCCUUCACAUGGAAAAUCUCUUGUUUUCUGCGGCUGCUUCCUCAUUCACCACCGAUUCGAUUCAAAGGAUUUUUUAGAAAAAGCAAAAAGAAAAGCAGUUCCACUGAGAAGAAUAAAAUAUAAGAAUUUAAAAGGAGAAAUAAUCCAAAUCUGCUCUGCGUUAUUUAAGCGGUAUCCUCAUCUAAAGCAGAAGAAAGUACAGAAUGAACAACAGAGACCGAUGGAGAGUGUACAAGAGGGUGUGUGCCAUGUUCCUCCUGGCUGUGGUGGCAGUUACCGUUGUCCAGAGGAGCAGCAUCAACAUGGGGGCUCCUUUUGAGCUGGAGCGCCAGGCUCGCAUGCAUCUUUCCCAGCUAUCUGACCCUGAAGCCCCCCCAGAGAAAAAAACUCCCUCACUCCUGGGGUUUAAGAGCUUCUGGAAGGUUGGUAGGCAGAAGCCACAGACCAAUGCCUGGGCCACCCCAGAGGAGCCCAAGUUUACAGACAACAUCAGCCCUGGUAGCUGGGACAUAACCAGCUCCAACUGCAGUGCCAACCUCAACUUCUCAAGCCAAGCGUGGUUCCAAGGACUUGAAGAGAACUUUAGACAGUUCUUGCUUUAUCGCCACUGCCGCUUCUUCCCCAUGAUUCUCAACCACCAAGAAAAGUGCACAGGGGAGAUUUAUUUGCUCAUGGUGAUUAAAUCAGUGGCUACCCAGCAUGACCGUAGAGAAGUUAUUAGAAAAACUUGGGGAAAGGAGCAAGUGAUCAACGGUAAGAGGAUAAAAACCCUCUUUCUACUUGGGAAGCCUUCAAAUGAGGCAGAAAGAGCUAACCAUCAAAAACUAGUAGAGUAUGAAGACUAUAUAUAUGGAGAUAUUCUUCAGUGGGACUUCUUAGACAGUUUUUUCAAUCUGACACUGAAAGAGACUCACUUUCUCAAGUGGUUCCAUACCUACUGCCCAAGAGUGCAAUAUGUCUUCAAGGGGGAUGACGACGUGUUUGUGAGCGUUGAGAACAUUUUUGAGUUCCUUCAAGACAGCAGCCAUGACAAAAACCUAUUCAUAGGGGACGUGAUCUUCAAGGCUAAGCCCAUCCGUAAGAAGGAAAACAAAUAUUACAUCCCCCAGGCUUUGUAUAAUAAAACCUAUUACCCGCCGUAUGCUGGGGGCGGGGGGUUUCUCAUGCAUGGGAUGCUGGCGAGGAGGCUUCACUGGGCCGCUGAGACCCUUGAGCUGUACCCCAUCGACGAUGUGUUCUUGGGGAUGUGUCUGGAGGCACUGCAGGUCACGCCAGUAAAACACAACGCCUUCAAGACAUUUGGCCUGGUGAAAAACAAAAAUAGUAAAAUGAACCGGGAGCCUUGUUUCUUCAAAAACAUGAUAGUGGUGCACAAGCUCCUACCAUCGGACCUCAUGCACAUGUGGUAUCUGGUCAACAGUGACCUGAACUGUUCAAAGAAAGUGGAACUCCUAUAGCUCCAGGAGAACAAAGGACUAAAGCUGAACUUUACCACAGGGAACGGCAAAUACUGUGCUGCAAAUGCAGCAAAGGAGAAAGCAAACUUUUAUGGAAACUCUCCUUUAUGUGGAGAGACAAAGUCAAUAUUUAAUUUGCUGAUUCUGAGCAGCAAUGGGUGUUCUAGAGGAGUUUCUUCAAAUGUCAAGUAAAUUAUUGCAAUUUCUAAAACUUUAUGAAGAUUUGUAAGUUUUUAUGUAUGUACUAUGUUGGCACUCAAAUUCAGAGACAGCAUUUAUCAUUUUUCUGCUAUUUAAUAUGGUGCUGUGGGCUCGCCUGUGAAUGUUCAAACAUGCUCUCACCUCGUCUGAAGCAGUCAUACAUGCCUUCCUCCUCACACUUUCCGUUAUUCGAACAACAAUUCUACCAAUUAAUAAACUUACAUUUCAAAAGUACAAGCAGCACAUAUUCAAAAGCACCUUCUGCAAUUUCAGAGAGCAAUUAAAGAAAAAAACAUUCAUCUGCAUAAAAGUAGAAGUCGCACAUUUUUUGUUUGACAUCAAGGUCCCUCAUGCUCUACAGUAAAUAUUAGUAAAUAAUUUCAACUUAGGCAAAGGAAAGCUUAACUUAAAAAAAUCCAAACAGCUUUUUAACAAUAGGAUUAUAAACUACUUGGCUUUCUGUCAAAAUAAAACAGCUAGAUUCUUUGCUAAAACUAGGCUGGCUUAACGUCAUCUUAAAUGUCUACCCUCUUUUUUGUUUACCAAAGUUUUAAAGGCAAGAAUGAAGUUUUGUUUAAAUAAUUUAUUUAAAAUGACAAAGUAUAGUAAAUCUACAUUAAUCAUUCUGUAAUGCUUAAUUUUGUUUUGGAAGUUUGGGGUAAGAUCUGGGAAUGAGGUCAUAUCCUGUUCUACUUGCAAGUUACAAGUGGUAGAAAAAAUGAUGCGGGUUGAAGCGAAAUAGUGGCAAUAUAAGGGGGGGAAAUGCAUUUUCCUUCACUUUAGGUUUUUCAAACAAUGAAAGAAGGAUUUAGCUCAUAUUGAUUUGACCACAUUAUGUGUGCAAUUGUUUUAUAGAAAAAUCCAAAGUGCCUACAAAUAGCACACUUCCAGCUCUGACAUAAAAAAAAGAAAAAGCAUAUGUACGGGAGCAGUAUUUGGACAAGAAAGCCAGAAAUCAUUGAUGUUAACUUAAUCAAGUUAGACAUGUGCCAUGGUUUUUUUUUUCUUUGAGUGUAACCAAUCUGGGCAGUAAAAUUGGACGAUUUUAUAUUUAUUUUACACUUAAUAAUUAAAAAAUUUUUCAAGUAAAGGGACCUUACUGUGUACAAGUUGAAUAAUUUAGGGAAUUAAAAUGAACCAUCCUUUCCUUUUUUUUCAGUUGUUUAAAAAAACUAUUUGAACAUAUAGAAUAAAACUAAUAGAAAAUGUUGAAAAAAAUGCAGAUUUGCUUACUUACAAAGUCUUCUAAUAAACCAAGUUUUGAACCAACUUCAUUUUAAAAGAAUUAGUGGUUAAUAAGUUUAGUCUGUUUUACUGCGGUGACUACAAUGUGAAGAAAAAUCUUACAUUUAUUUUACUUUUUAAAUAGUAAUCUUAACUGCUUGAUUUAGGAACAGUUAAAGCCCAACCCUUUUUAUGUUGUCAGAGUUUAUUUUUACGUAAGAUAAUCAGACGCGUUUUAGUUGAUAUGUUUGGAUCUCAUUGGGGAAAUGUUAUUGUCUACAUCAAAGGUAAUUUUCUCAGCCGAUUCAAAUGAUUGUUCCAGAAUAAUUUUUUAAAAUCACUUAAACAUUUCUAACAGAAUGUAUUUUCCUUUUGCUUUGAAAUGUCUUUGAUUUAAUCUAGAAAUCUACUGGAUGCAUAUUACUGUAAACUUAAAAGAAAACAAAUUGUACUUGUUAAGCAUGUUAAAUCUUUGGAUUUAAACCUGCUGAUAUACUUGACUUGAAUUUAUUAGGGAGAGGUGACAAUAACUGUGAAUUUCAAACUGUUGGUACGAGUUUGUGGCUUUUGUUCCUUCUCCAAUGAGAGAAGCGGGCAAACAUUGGUGUUUUAAAUUUAUUUAAACGUCUGUCAUUUAACUCCAAGUGACAGCGAUAGAUAAACAGAGAGACAGACAGACAGAUGGGAGAUCAUUUGUAAAUAAACAUUUUCACAAUAAAGUUAAGAAUGUCUCCUAAAUUCACUUUUUUUGUGUUGAUGUGGCUUACAUAACAAAAGUUAACCCAUGACAUUAAUAAAAAGCGUAACAAAAGCAUAUGUUUUACAGCACAUACUAGAAGUGUCAACCUUGGUCUCAAUUCUAUUUUGAUCAAUAUCUAAUACUAUCUUUGUUUUCACCAAACCGAUACUAUCAGUAGAGCAGGAAAUACACUUUACCAAACAAAAGAAAUACCCUCCGCCUUGGGCCCAAGAACAAUGGAGCCAUACAGAAACUGGAUCAUCUUUAUACUGUGUUUCAUAUGACUGCUCUUGCCAAAGCAGUAGCUUGGAUUUCAAAUAGUUGAACCAUCUCUUGUUUUAUAGCCAAUGUUAAUGUACACCCUCCGAGCUGAAUUAUCUCUCUUAUUAGACAUUUUCGGGAUGCCUUAUCAGAUAAUGCCCAAUAAAGUGAGUUCCUAUUGUUUAUUGUGUCUAUUUU